AUGAAAAUAAGCAGUGUUAGUGAAGGAUUAACUGAGAUUGAAGAUGCAAUAAGCUCUAAGAAGGUUCUCCUUGUUCUCGAUGAUGUGGAUCAUAUGGAUCAAUUAGAUGCAGUAUUUCGGAUGAAAGAUCAGUUUUAUCCAGGAAGUAAAAUAAUAAUAACAACUAGGCAUGCACGAUUGUUAAGGGCUCAUCAAGUUUCUAAGAUGCAUGAAGUUGAAACUUUGCAUGACAAAGAAUCAUUGGAGCUUUUUAGUUGGCACGCUUUUGGUCAGGACCAUCCCAUUGAAGGUUACAUAGAAUAUUCGCAAAAAAUAGUGAGACAUUGCGGAGGACUUCCAUUAGCUCUUAAAGUUUUAGGUUCUUCUAUGUACUUAGGGGAUAGUAUAGAUGUAUGGAAAAGUGCACUGGAGAAGUUAGAAGCCAUUCCAAAUGGUCAAAUAGUAAAUAAACUAAGAGUAAGCUAUGACUCUUUGCUAGAUGACCAUGACCGAAAUUUAUUCCUCCACAUUGCUUGUUUCUUUAUCGGAAAGGACAAAUACUACAUUGUUAACAUACUAGAUGGAUGUGAUUUCUAUACAAUUGUUGGCAUUCAAAAUCUCAUCGAUAGAUGUUUGGUGAGAAUUGAUGAAUUUGACAAGGUGCAUAUGCAUGACACGAUCCGUGGAAUGGGAAGAGAAAUCGUUCGCCUAGAAUCAGAGAAGCCUUGGGAGCGUAGUCGAGUACGGCAACAUAAGGAUUCCUUCAAUAUGUAUCUUGAUAGAAAAGAAGAUUUUCCUUUGGGGAGCCUGAUUGUUCUUGAAAUGCAAUAUAGCAGCUUGAGGCAAGUCUUCAAAGGAACAAAAAGACUAAAUCUAGGGAAUAAUUCAAUUGGUUGCCUGCCAAAUUGUAUCAAAGGAUUAACAAGGCUCCAUCAUCUCUCUUUUUACAAGUGUACAAGUCUCAAAUCGCUUCUCAGGUUACCAAAACUAAAGGACUUGGAUAUCGAACAUUGCAUAUCAUUGGAGAAAAUAACGUAUCAAUCCUCUGCAUCCCUGGAACACAUUUCCCAUUUAGUUCGCAACUACAACCUAGUUGAGUGGCAGUCCAAGUUCAAGGUACAAGCCAUUGGAAGUGUAGAUGUAGAAAUGCUCAACCUCUUGGGAUUGUGCAACUCGUUGAAAUCCAUGGCACCCAUUCGGAUGUACUCACCCUACCAAACUGUACAAAAGGAUGAUCCAAUUCCCGUCCAGGGACUGUACCAACCUGGUACAUUCAGCACAUUUUUUGGUGGGAAUGAGGUUCCAGGCCAAUUCAGCCAUAAAAGAAGAGGGUCCUCAAUAUCUUUUACUGUGCCAUUACUUGAUAAUCCCAGAACUCGAGGCUUGAUUGUCUUUGUUGUCUAUGUGAAUGGUGGCUAUGAUUCUCCCAUUAUCCACCACAAUUAUUACUCACAAAUAAUAGUUAAAAAUAAGAGCAAGGGUCUGAGGGGGGGGUAUUGCCCAUUACUCUACGGUAUUCCAGGUGAGGGAGAAGACAUGAUAUGGUUAAGCCACUGGAAUUUGGCGGAUGAUCAGUUACAAAGUGGUGAUGAAGUGGUUGUUUCUGUAAUUAUGAAAUCUGGGUUUCUGGUAAAGGAGUUGGGCAUCCAACUUGUGCAGGUGCAACAAGAAGAGAAUCAUAAUAUGAUUUCCACAGAUUCUUCUUAUGAUCAUCAAAUAUGGUAUAAUAUGCGCCUUGGGGACUCUGAUGAAGAAGAUACGAUAGACGAAGAAGAAGAGCAACAGGAUGAUAUCACAGUUGCAACCACUGCAGGCAGCAAUAACUCCGGCGGCCUCCGUGGCUGGAAGGUGCUCGCAGCUUGUUUCUGUUGUCCUGUUGUCCCCUAUUCACAGACGAAGAAGAAGAGCAACAGGAUGAUAUCACAGUUGCAACCACUACAGGCAGCAAUAACUCCAGCGGCCUCGGUGGCUGGAAGGCGCUCGCAGCUUGUUUCUGUUGUCCUGUUGGUAUGGAAAUGUAGCUGUCUUCUCUCUCAGGCAGAAAGAAGGGACCGUCCACAAGCCCUGGAUGAAUUUUUUGUACAUCUCAACAGCAGACUACUUGUUUUCAGGGACGGACCCACAGUGGGGUCAAUGGCGUCAAACGACCCUAUGGACUCCAUGAACGUAAGGUAG